GGGAACUGCGUAGAACGAAUUGGCUGAGUGAAAAAUUACAAGUUUUACGAAAAGUUAGCUCUUUGAAAUCCUGAUCGGGUCAUCAAAGCAACGACGAAACGCUUACUUUUACAAUGUUGGACUUAGAAGUGGUUCCUGAACGCUCGCUGGGAUGUGAUAGCUGGGAGUUUAUCCUAGGUAUGCAUUUUUCCCAAGCCGUGGCAAUAAUACAAUCGCAAGUUGGUAUUAUUAAAGGCGUGCAAGUUCUCUAUUCCGAUACGUCUCCCCUAAGCGUAGACAUCAUAAUCAAUCUACCCCAGGAUGGGAUCCGUCUAAUUUUCGAUCCGGUUCAACAGCGUCUCAAAGCUAUUGAAGUGUUCAACAUGAAGUUGGUUAAGCUGAAGUACUAUGGACUUCCAUUUAACUCACCCGAAGUCGUGCCGUCGAUCGAAGAAAUCGAACACUCGUUUGGGGCGACCCAUCCAGGAGUGUACGAUGCUGCGAAGCAGCUGUUUGCUCUCCACUUCCGAGGACUGAGUUUCUACUUUCCGGUUGACAGUAAGCUGCAACCGGGUUACGCCCACGGAUUGGGAUCGCUGCAUUUCCCGAGUGGUGCAUCGCCAGUUGUAUCCAAAAUGGCACUGUACAGUGGCGGAAACAUUACCGACAGCCGCCCACCCCCGUUGCCUCUGUCCUGCUACAAUCAGCAGCUAUAUCUGGAGUCUGCUAUGGUAUUGCGCAAUUCGAGCGGAACACGUGGGCUGCGACUUCAACUGUACACGGAAGGAUCUCCUCGUGCUCUAGAGGCCAAAAAGCAGUGUCUAACACGAGAGAUUAUCUUCGGUGACAGUUGCCAGGACGUGGCAAGCAACUUGGGAGCACCCUCAAGAGUGUUUUUCAAAAGCGAAGAUAAGAUGAAAAUUCACUCACCUAGCGCACAUCGUCGGGUACAAUCCAAGCGUAGCGAUUUCUUCUUCAACUACUUCACGUUGGGCAUUGAUGUUUUGUUCGAUGCCAGAACUCAGCGGGCCAAAAAAAUCAUUUUGCACACCAACUAUCCAGGUCAUUAUAAUUUCAACAUGUACCACAGAUGCGAGUUCAACUUGCAGUUGGCACCGGACAAGGUCACUGAAGAUACUCCGCUGGAUGCACCGGUCAAUGUGAGUGCAUAUUCCAAAUGGGACACAAUUUCAUCGCGUCUCGCUCCGGCAGAGCGUCCGGUAGUUUUGCACCGAGCCGGUUCGACAAAUACUGCAAACGUGUUUGGUUCGACGUUCUGCUACGGUUAUCAAGAUAUCAUUUUUGAAGUCAUGCCCAACAACUAUAUUGCCUCGGUGACGCUCUAUCACCCAUCACCCUAUUCUAGCGAGAUUGGGUAUGGCAGCAGUGCUAGCAGCGUCAGCAACAGCACCAGAAAUCUGCUGCAGGACAGCACCAAGGGAAACAUUCGCGUCAGUGCAUGACCGGCCGUCGGUUUUAAUCAGCUGAUCCUCGACGGUCAGUAUUUAAGUUGUGUUAAUUAAAACAAAAACAGACGAAUCAUUGUGCAUGCAUACAACAGUGGCGUUGAUGAUGAUGACUUCGUUCAUGAUAGAUCAUCGUAGCGAGUAAGCUUCUUUAAUAACGUUAAAGUUUACGUUUUUGCUUCCAAUAUUCUUAUUUAAUAUUAAGCGGGAUUUCUUUAACAAUAUCGACCUACCGUAGUGGAUAUCGUUACACGCUAUUGAAGCUCAAUAGUUCGCUGAUCGAAACAAUCCAGUUAGACUACACUACAAAAUAUUUAAAAUAUUCAAAAGAAAAAGUAUUGCAAUUACUCUCCGUGAUGUGUAUGAAAUGCUUUUCAAUGUGACAGUAAUCAGCGAAAAAAAAUUAAAAUGUGAUUAAAAAAUUCUUUUAAAUGAAAAAGAAAACAAAAAUAUUCAAAGACUAUUAAAUAAACUUAGAUUAGGUCCUAAGCAAACGUGUUUGUUGAAUGCGAAAGAAAUUGCAAUACUGCGCAAUAGCAGAAUACCACAAAAUGCAAUUAUGCUUGAUUUCAAAUUCUUUUUUACUAGUUAGU